AUGACUGCAUCGGGCGCCAACGCCGUCAGAGUCCGCGACAAAUACACUUCGCGAGCUUGUAAUGAGUGUCAACGCCGUAAGAGGAAGUGCAGCGGCGAAAAGGUAUGCCGAAACUGUCGCCAUUGUGGUACUGAAUGUGUAUUUUCAGAGCCACGGGGCACCAGGCAUUCGAGGACAUCGAACUUGCUGGCGCCAAAUGUUAAUCCAACCGACUGGGUCAAUGUCGACAGUCGAGCCAAUCCUGGCCCUAGCCAUAGCACUGCGGUUGCGAGAGACGAUGCUCCGGAGCCAGUGGCUGUAGCCACGCAAGGACCACAGCCAAACGGCAGGACUGGACUGAACGAGCCAGAAAGAGCCUCAACACAGCCUCCAAGCGACCAGCAAUUCAUGGGCCAGAUACUCUCACCCAACGAACCAAUGUUCGGGGACAACCAGGGCCAGACUCCUCUAAGCACCAUCGACGCGGAGACGUCGUCUCCUCGAGAAAGCGUUUUUGAACGCAACACCAAUUUUAUGACUGGUACCGCUUUUUUCCAGCAGAUCGAUCUUCUCGACCGUUCUGUGACUCGAGCACAAGGGACAGACCUCAUCAAAGUGGGUGGUUUCCUGGGAAGCUCGACCUUUGAACCAAACACUUCGGUAGCCGACAUCUACCGCGACAUAGAUCAAACUGUCGAUCAGGCACGGGUUGAAGACCCGACCAAGAUCCAUAGGUCCCUGGACAUGUUCUUUGCGAACGUGCAGCCACAUUACCCUUGUAUGAAUGAGGGCUACCUGCGUGCACAAUUCUCCGCGUUUGUUGCAAAUGACUCGAAUAGUCUUACCAAGAACGGCUCAGUGCAACUGGCCGCCUUGCUCCAGUUCAUCAUGGCAGUGGUGAGUAUAUUAUGCGACAGCUCCACCCAGGGUCAAUACCUCCCCGGCUGGAAGGAGUUCUGUCGUGGUGACAAGCUCCUCAGCCACGCCACCUGGCUAGAGAGAGCCAACAUUGUGACGAUUCAAACACUGCUUGUGAAAACACUAUAUUUUAUGUAUGCAGGCCUUUUGAACUCGGCCUACGACACAAUGGGAACGGCAGUGCGGUUGUGUUUUCAGUUGGGUCUACAUAAUGAGCCCUCAUGGGGUGAGGAUUGCAAGUUUUACGACAGAACGUACCGGCAGCGAGUUUUCUGGUCGGUCUUUUGUCUUAACCACAACGUUGCUCAGACGCGUGGUGUGCCUGAGCUGCUCCGGGAGUCAGAUAUCAAUGUUGGUUUGCCCAAAUGCGUCGAUGAUCGAAUGCUCUACCCGGAUUGUCCCUCGUUGCCUGAGAUGCCUACAACCUCUCCAGUUCCCUACCUAUUGGAAACGAUCAAGUUGACAAGGCUCUCUUCAGAGGUUUGGGAGGCCAUGUUUGGGGCACGUGCAAAGAAACCGGUCAGCCAGGACCUUCUUGCUGCUAUGGACAACAAGGUUAUUGAAUUAUCUCGAGAGAUUCCCUCUUCCCUUCGGUGGCCUCAAGUUGCAGCAUCUCAGCAAAUGUACGACGGAGCACCUUCUUUUAUACAACAGCAAGGCUUUAUUCUGCAUCUACGGAUUCUAUACCUACGAAUGUUGUUGCGUCGAGAGGAAAUGAUUAGCCUCACCUACGGGAGAAAGACUGCGCAGCUCUGCAUCGACAUUGCCACCGAGGUCGUGGCUGCUGUCGAAACAUGCUAUACAACCCAGAGAUCGAAACGCUGCGAAAGACAUGCUUACUUGCAUCAUCUAACCGGUGCUCUGGUUCCCAUGAUCUGCAUUAUAGUAAAGCAGAACAACUCAGAGGAUUUGACUCGGCCGGCCAUAAAUCUCCUGAACAAGUCCCUAAAGGUUAUGGAGUCUUUCUCUCAAGGUUCCUUCCUCGCUCGGCGUAUCUUGCAGCAACUACGUCGGCCUAUCAAAGUGGCCCGGGAUACUAUCGAGUCUCUGUGGCCUCAAAAUGUCCGGGGUGCCGCAGCAUCGCAUCCGAUUACAACGGCAUUUGGGCCAGCGCAGAAUACGAUUUGGAAUGGCAGCAAUGUCAGUUCCAACAACGAUUGGGAUCUUUCUCUGCCAGCUAUUUAUCAGGAUCCAUUUCAAGAUCCCCUGCAGAAGACUUCAGACAUGCCUUUCUUGUGGGAUGAUAGCAGUGUGGACCUUUGGAACAAUUUCAACUGGUCAGGAUGA